GGGAAGUAAAUUCGUAAAUACGUAUCGGCGUUGAAUUUUUGUUUGUGCAGCAUUUUAAAAGAAAAACUAGGUUUAUACCCCUUUUUUUUGCUCGUCAAUUCGGAAAAAGAUCUACUGUUACCAAAUACGAUAUUUUUGAAGUGUUGGAAUAUUGGCUGUAGUUAUAAUGGCUGGAAGGGGUCAACGAUCUAAUGGAUCUAAUGGACCAAAUCAGGGAAAAAUAUGUCAAUUCAAGUUGGUUUUACUGGGAGAGUCGGCUGUUGGGAAAUCUAGUCUUGUUCUGAGAUUUGUUAAAGGACAGUUCCAUGAAUUUCAAGAAAGCACAAUUGGCGCUGCUUUCCUUACUCAGACUGUCUGUCUAGAUGAUACAACUGUAAAAUUUGAAAUAUGGGAUACUGCAGGACAGGAAAGAUAUCAUAGUCUGGCUCCAAUGUAUUAUCGAGGUGCUCAAGCUGCAAUAGUUGUUUAUGAUAUUACCAAUACUGAUACAUUUACCCGAGCAAAAACCUGGGUUAAAGAAUUACAGCGACAAGCCAGUCCCAACAUUGUCAUAGCGUUGGCAGGGAACAAAGCAGAUCUAUCAAAUAAGAGAGUUGUUGAAUAUGAGGAUGCCCAAAGUUAUGCGGAUGAUAAUGGACUUUUGUUUAUGGAAACAUCAGCAAAAACUGCAAUGAAUGUUAAUGAGAUAUUUCUGGCUAUUGCGAAAAAAUUACCCAAGACGGACCCAAAUGCAGGUGGUCAAGGUGCCGGACAACAAAGCCCAAGAGGGAAUGUUAACCUUCAGGAGAGGAACCAGGGAGGAUCAGGGGGGUGCUGUAAAUAGUACGUAUAGUAUUGAGGAAUGAAGUUUUGGGAUCCUACUUGACUAAUUACUAAUAACAUAACGUAGCACUUAUGUACCCAUACACUACUGCAAUGGCUGUGGUGACGUCAUCAUUUGUUUCGUAAUUUAAUGGUGUUGACGUAUUUGUGAGGCAGAAUGACGUCAUCACUAUGAGUGAGGACUUGUCCUCUGUAAAAUUAAAUACUUAUGUAAUCUGUCUGUGAUGUUUACGAGGCUUUUUAUAUUGUUCUUCGAGAUCCUUAGUGAUAAAACUGAAUUAUUUCAUAAAUGUACGUCGUAAAUUGGUUAGAAAAAUAGUUCUUUUUUGUUGGAUUAACGUCUCCCAAAAAGCCGGUUUGUAAUCUCCAGUUUUCGGUACAUGCAUAAACAUGAACACGAAUUUCCAUUUUGCAAUUUUGUUUUGUAGAAAAUUUGUGGGUAAUUUAGUUAAAAUGACUUUGAAUCUUUGUCCAUUCUAGAGAUUACAAGCCCAAAUAAUUGCUUUUUACAAACUUUAUUGUCUUCCAAAAAUUUUCUUAAUAGAAAACUCUCUGAUUGUUAGUUACAUGUAGAAUCGUCAUAAAAUUAUCUUUACUAUGUCA